GAUAGAAAUCACUCCCCGCCGUCUUCAACAGUCAAAGUGCAUCAUAAAGAUGCCAUUUGAAACUUUAACAGUCUCUAAAUGGAGAUCAACGCGGCUCUGUUUCAAAGCUUGAAAUCUUUGAUCCAGCUCAAGAAUGUGCACGCCCGCCUCUUCCGAUUCCACCUUCAUCGAGACCAAUUUAUUCUCAACAUGGUUCUAAAAUCAGCCUUUCACUUCAACCGCCCUGACUACGCCACAGCGUUAUUCAACGAGACGCAGCCCAAUUUCCAUUUAUACCACACCAUGAUUCGUGGGUUUGUUUCAAAAGAUCAUUUUGACGACGCCAUUAAUUUCUUUCACGUAAUGCGCCGCGAGGGAUUUUUGGCCAACAAUUUUAUAUUCACUUUUGUUCUAAAAUCUUGCUUGAAGAACAUGGACACUAAACUUGGUAUGAGCGUCCAUUCACUGAUUGUGAAAGAGGGUUUUGAAUAUGAUUCAUAUGUGAAUACUGGAUUAGUGGGACUGUAUUCAAAAUUGGAGCGUUUGAGUGAUGCGCGGAAAUUGUUCGAUGAAAUGCCUGAGAAAAAUGUGGUCUCGUGGGCUGCGGUUAUGAGCGGGUAUGUUAGCGUUGGGAGGUUCAAGGAGGCUGUUGACUUGUUUAGGGAUUCGUUGGAGGCGGGUUUGAAGCCGGACAGCUAUACACUUGUUAGAGCAUUAUCUGCGUGCAGUCAGCUAGGAGAUUUGGUGGUUGGAGAGUGGAUGCAUAAAUAUGUGGUGGAUGUUGGGAUGGCGAGGAAUGUGUUUGUGAAUACUGCAUUGGUGGAUAUGUAUGCUAAGUGUGGAGAUAUGGAGAAAGCGCGCACCAUCUUUGAUGGGAUGCACGAGAGGGAUAUUGUUACUUGGGGCAUUAUGGUGCAGGGUUACGCGGCCUAUGGUUUCCCAAAGGAGGCUUUGGAAUUAUUCCAUAUGAUGCUGAGAGAGAAUUUGGGGCCGGAUCACUAUGUCAUUGUCGGGGUGCUCUCUGCUUGCGCUAGGCUUGGGGCUUCGGAGCUCGGGGAAAGGGCUUGCAGCAUGAUGGAUAGGAACGAGUUCCUGUGCAAUCCUGUUUUGGGGACUGCCUUGAUUGACAUGUAUGCGAAAUGUGGUAAAAUAGCUCUAGCUUGGGAGGUUUUUCAAGGAAUGAAAACCAAGGAUCUUGUGGUUUUCAAUGCGGUCAUUUCUGGUCUAGCUAUGACUGGCCAUACCAAAACGGCAUUUAGUUGUUUUGGUGUGGUUCAGAAAUGUGGAUGGAAGGGUGACGGGAACACUUUUCUUGGUCUACUAUGUGGAUGUGCUCAUGCCGGUCUUGUUGAGGAUGGGCGGCGUUUUUUCAAUGGAAUCAGUGGCUUAUAUUCUUUGGAUCCUAUUCCUACUAUUGAGCAUUAUGGAAGCAUGGUUGAUCUUCUUGCUCGAGCUGGUUUGUUAAACGAAGCUCAUGAUAUGAUCUUGAGCAUGCCGAUGGAUGCCAACUCCAUAGUCUGGGGAGCUCUGUUGGCUGGAUGUCGGCUGCACAAGAAUACUCGAUUGGCAGAGCAUGUAUUGGAGCGUUUAAUUGAAUUGGAGCCGUGGAACUCAGGGAACUACGUUCUUUUAUCAAAUAUUUACUCAGCUAAUCAGAAAUGGGAUGAAUCGGAGAGCAUUAGGGCAGUGAUGCACGAGCAAGGGAUUCAGAAGAUGCGUGGCUGUAGUUGGAUAGAGGUGGACGGUAUUGUGCACGAGUUUCUGGUUGGAGACACGUCUCAUGCUAUGUCGGGUGAGAUAUAUGGUAAACUCUCCGAGCUGGGUAGAGAGCUAAGAGAAGCUGGUUUUGUGGCUGCCACGGAAUAUGUGCUGUUCGAUAUAGAAGAGGAGGAGAAGGAGCAUUUCUUGGGGUGCCACAGUGAGAAGCUGGCUCUUGCAUUUGGCCUCAUUGCUACGAAAGCAAACUCUGUUAUUCGGAUAGUUAAAAACCUGCGCGUGUGUGGUGAUUGUCAUGCGGCCAUCAAGCUCGUCUCUAGGAUUACUGGGAGGGAAGUUAUUGUUCGUGAUACUAACCGAUUCCAUCAUUUUGUGGAUGGCUCGUGCUCUUGUGGAGAUUAUUGGUGAGAUGAUGCACUUGAAGUUGUGAUUUGAUGAAGAGCAAUGGAGAGGUCUCUGAGAUCUGAAACACAAAAAUUGCAGCGUUGCAGAAGCUGUUUUCCAUAGACGACGCUCCUCCUCAGUCAUCAGGUAAUGAGAAUAUAAGCAACUGGAGAAAAUAUUCAAAGUAUCUCAGAGUCCAAUUCGAAGGCGAGGAAAAACUGUGUUGCAUUUCUCAUAUUUUGCUGCUCACCAUUUGUAGCAGACUUCAUAUUUGAUACAUUAGUAACAGUAUUAUUAUUAUUAUUAUGGUUUUUCGCAUUAUCAACUAAAAUUAACAUUGAUUA